UUUCCUUUGGAAAUUGACGUUUUCUGUUCUCGAGCCACACCAUAAAAACGCCAGCGCUGUUUUAACUGCAAGCCGGCCCGAAGACCUGCAAAUUGAAGGACCUAGAUCACUAUCAUCUCCGUACAUCAAGAAUGGUUACUAUAAUUAGCACCAUGGAAACUCAGGUGUCCAAUGGUCCGAGCGGAACCAGCCUACCCAACGGCCCCGUCAUUAGCACUAAUGGCGCCACAGACGACAGCAAAACUAACCUGAUCGUCAACUACCUGCCUCAAAACAUGACCCAGGAAGAGUUCAAAAGCCUCUUCGGCAGCAUCGGAGAGAUCGAGUCGUGCAAACUAGUCAGAGACAAGAUCACAGGUCAGAGUUUGGGCUAUGGCUUUGUAAAUUAUGUGGAUCCCAAUGAUGCAGACAAGGCCAUCAACACACUCAACGGUCUUAAACUGCAGACCAAAACAAUCAAGGUGUCCUAUGCCAGACCCAGCUCAGCUUCCAUUCGUGAUGCCAACCUGUACGUGAGUGGGCUGCCCAAAACCAUGAGUCAGAAGGACAUGGAGCAGUUGUUUUCCCAGUAUGGAAGGAUCAUCACCUCACGCAUCCUGGUCGACCAGGUCACAGCAGGUAUAUCGCGCGGCGUGGGUUUCAUUCGGUUCGACAAGCGCAACGAGGCUGAGGAGGCCAUCAAGGGGCUCAACGGUCAGAAGCCGCUCGGCGCUGCCGAACCGAUAACCGUCAAGUUCGCCAACAACCCCAGUCAGAAGACAGGACAAGCCCUGCUAACCCAACUUUACCAGACAGCCGCUCGCCGCUACACCGGUCCUCUUCAUCACCAGACCCAGCGCUUCAGACUCGACAAUUUACUAAACGCCAGCUACGGAGUCAAGAGCUCUCCUCCUUUCCUCCCCAGAUUCUCCCCGAUAACCAUCGACAGCAUGACCAGCCUGGCUGGAGUCAACCUGACCGGGCCGACGGGAGCUGGCUGGUGUAUCUUCGUCUACAACCUGUCCCCGGAAGCUGACGAAAGCGUCCUGUGGCAGCUCUUCGGGCCGUUCGGCGCCGUCACGAACGUCAAGGUCAUCCGCGACUUCACCACCAACAAAUGUAAGGGCUUCGGCUUCGUCACCAUGACCAACUACGAUGAGGCGGCCAUGGCUAUCGCCAGCCUGAACGGCUAUCGCCUGGGCGACCGCGUGUUGCAGGUCUCCUUCAAGACCAGCAAGCAACACAAGGCUUAAAGGAAGGCCUGGUCGCUACCGCUCUUUAACAUGCAGGGGGAGCUACUGAGCUCCCUGUACAUCCACUCUACAUGGGCCUGGACUGAGUCUCUCUCUUACACACACACACACACAUAUUUAGUUUCGAACAAAAUACACAAGUAGAUUUUUUCUUUUCUCUUUACACAACAUGCUAGUCCUUCCCAACAUUUGCCUGCAUUGAAUUAGCAAAAGUGCGAGGAGGGGCUGGGAUUGAAAUGAGGAGGGACAGUCAAAUGAAUGUGACAAAGAAUGUCUGCUGAGAGCUUUGAUUUAAUUCAGGCAAAAUAAGAGAACUGGACAAGGAAAUAUUGCAAAAAUCAUAAAAAAAUGUGCAAUUUACCCCAAAUAUUGCCCGGUAACUUUACUGUCUGGCUUCAGAAGAUGUAGUCACUUUUUUACACUUGGGCAUUUUGAAUCAGUGAUUUUUUUUAGAGAAAAAUUAUAAAAACAGUGUUCUCUUCUAUAUAUAUAUAUAUAUUAUGAUAUAACUAUAUAUAUAUAUAUAUAUAUUCAACAUUUAAGGUGGUUAUAAUAGCCAAAUAUGUAAGCAUUUUCUAGAACUUUGAUAAUGGUUUCCUGGCUCUACAUUAGGUUGCAAACUUCACACACUUUACCCGAGGUCCAACCCGACAGCCACCGAACAAACCGUGUAGAUGGUAGUCGCAAAGUGAGACGUCACCCGGGGUCAUCCUAAUCGCCUCAGCACACUGAAAGACAAGAGUCAUCACAGAGACACUCGCACACAUACACACACACACGCGUACCUCCAGUUUAAAAUACAUCACAAACACCUUAAAUCUCCCUGCAUUUCUCCGAGUUUUAGAGUUAGAAUGUAGAAUUGACUCCGCCACAUGCAGUCGUCUGUGUAACUAGGAGCAUUUGGACAGUUUUCCCAUGAUGAUGGCGUUUGUAAUUCAUUUGAUCUUUCCAACCAAUCAUGACGAUGAUCGACAGCAAAAUACAUAAAUUCAGGUUAAUAGGGCUCUCCUUGUUAACCUCGCAUGUAUAUGUUGAAUGGGAGAAAGCUUUUAUGGAUGUCAAAGGUCACCGAGAUUGGUCACCUUUGCUCUUCAUAAGCUGCAUUUAGCUCUAUUCGCUAAAAAAGAAUUACACACGGGUCUAUAAUGAAAAGCUUCGCUUUCCCGAAUCGGUUUUAUACAUGGGGACCCUGCGUAUCGAAAAGUAGCUAACAUCACACAUGCAAUCCAAUUGUGUCUUCUAAUAGCCCUUUUCAAAGACACAUCAUAACUUGUCUUAUGAUAUUAUCGUCAAUGCCCAAGUUAGGACUAGCUGUGUCAAUAGCCCUGAAAUAUAGAUAAACAUAAACUAAACUGUUCCAUGGGGAGAGACAUUGCUGUAAAAUCGCAAAACUUCACGUUAUAUGAAGAAAAGUACAGAAAGAUGUAAAUGUAUGUUCAAAUCAAGUGACAUUUUGCUUUUCUAUAUAACGCUGUGUUAGCCAAAGAGGACAAUGAUCUCUUUGAAAGGAUUACAUUAGAGAUUAAUAUAUUUUUAUAUCUACAAGAAAAAACGAGACCUUGUGCAACAUUUUUACAGAUUCUUAAUCGUGAAAAUCUUUGGACACACCGCAUGGCUUUAUUUUCAGAGUUUUCAAACUUUGGGGAGAGAGAGCCAGUCUGCGGUGUUAGGGAGGGGAUUGGAGGGUUGGGGAUUAAGAUUUACAUGCAGUGAAACCAUUUCAUUUUCAAAAAUACAAAACGAAUAAAAAAAGAGGAACAUCUUUUUCAAAAAAGAAAAGAAUCAGCAGACGGAUAAAUGUAUGCAUUAAGAAAGGAAAAAGGCUUGAAAGUUUCUCUAAAGCGAAUCAAGCGUUGCUUCAGACGGUGCAGUGAAGCUCUGUAGCCUCGUAUUAAACAUCAUUCAAUGAGGCGCCUAAACUGACUAAACGCUUCUUCAGCAUGUUCAGUGCACCAAAAUAAAGUUGAAAAUUGACAUAAAAUGAUGUAGCUGCACUUAUCAACUAUAAUCCAUAGUGAAUUAUAUUCACCAAUAUAUCAUCACGCAAGGCAAACGUCGUCUUAUCAAUACUGUCUAGGCGUGAUUUCUUUUGGACAUGCAUGACUUUUUUGUUGUUUAAUUUCAGCGCCACAUAUUUCCUGUAUUCCACCAUCAGUUCAUAUCGUUGACACCUGAUUUUGCUUCUUUGCACAAGCACUAACCAACCAAGGGAUCUUAGCUUUGUCACUGAUGAAGGAAAAGUCAGAAACAUUUAGCAAGCGUGAACGCACACACACACAAACACUUACACGCGCACGUCAUAGCACAUAUCAAAGUGUCUCUGAGCCCUCCACGUCAUACCUAUUGUAUCCAAACAUUAAAGAAACCCUCUUAGCUAAUACACCCCUAACAUCGACAUUGCAAAACAUUCAAGCUUUUUCUUUCGCUAACGCAACUCAUCCUGGAACUUCUAAGUGGUGUGCCCUAUUUAGGAUUUGUUCACCCUCAAAAUUAAGUUAAUGGGAGGGCUACACUGUAAUGGCAACCAGAGGGGUCUUUAUGUUCCUCUGAUGAAGUGCCCAAAAGAACCCUUUAGCUCCACCACAUCUAGAGACCAACUCAUACCCUCAUAGAGCCAAGGACAAUGGCAGAAAGCAAGACAUACUGCACCGCUUGAGCAACUACAAUAAUAAUCAUGAAAAAAAAGACAAAAAAACUUUCCUAUGGAACAGUAAGUGCAAUGUGCUUCGUUUUUAUAUUGACUGAGAACAAAAGAUAUAUAUAUUUUUUAAAAAAGAAAUUAAACGUCACACUGAAAUGGUUCGCAGAAUAGUGAAAGGAUCAAACGAACAACAACAAAAAAAAGUGUUAACUAACAGAUUCAUUAAAAGAAUCGAACAAGCACCGAGAGGUCCGAUCUCUAAAAAUGUCCAUUAUCCCUUCCUCCGCCCCCUAUUUUAGUGCUCUGACCAUGCAAGCUAAAACAAACAGCCAUCUAUGGUAAAGAAAAGAGCAAUUUUUAAAGACCGUGAAAGGAAUACCGUCUAAAAUAUCAUCGGUUUUAGCCCAUGUUGAUUUCAGAGUAUCAUUUUCCUGUAAUUUACUUUACAUAUCAGAAUCACAUGUUAACUUAGCGUAUUUGUGUUGUUGAUGUUGCCAUAGAGGACACACGUGGGUCGAAUAUUUUUCUUUCGGUUGGUGCGAUUUCUUCUAUUCGUUUCCAUUAUUUAUGAUUAGUUGCUGUUCCUACAGUGUAUGCAGGUUUUAGAAUUAGUUAGAAUUAUUUCCUUUCAAUCAAAAUGUGUUUAAUUGUGUUUGUAAAAGUCUGUGGUAGCUUUCGUUGCAACAUAAAUAAUUUAAACUGAAAAAAAAAUUCAAUAUAGCGCCAAUGAACUUGUAUUAUUUGGGCGACUUUAAGCUUGUAGUUUUAACUUAUUGUUAACUUAAAAACUAUUUAUUAUCAUUAUUAUGAUUAUUAUUAUUAUUGCCUCGUAUGAAAGUAUGUUUUGUGUAUAUUUAUGGUUUAUUUCAUUAUAUUUGCAAGUUUAAAUACGUUUUAUUUUGCCAAAAUGUGGUUACACCUUUGUUUUUCUUUAAAGGGAGCAAAUAGAUUAAAAAAAUAAUAAUUUUAAAAAAUGAAACUGCUUUAGAAUUACAAUUUGGAAACGUUCUCCAUAGGCAAAGAAUGCACUGCUAUAUUAAACUAAUUGAAGUGUAUAAACAUACAUGCUGUGUGCUAGAUGUUAUGCCUUUAAUGCCUGUGUUUUGUUUGUCUUGUUAAAUGAAAACCUUUUGAUUAUUUAAUCUAAUCACAGUCUUGUUUUUCCAACCACGUUCAGAACCCUAUAGUGAGUCAGGGGCCUGGGGUAGGGGGGCGGGUUUAAGGCGUGGUCCAGUCUAUACGGUCUGGACCUGUAGUCAGGCCUAAGGCUCAGUGCACUCGCCAAAUGCUUCUUACCCUGCUGCCAUACGGCCAUGUAUCCGACUGAGAGUCAAAUAGAGAGAGAGAGAGAGCGAGAGCAAGCAGACAUGAAAUGGCCGAUAUGGCAGCGGUAAGGGAUGGGUGAGGCACGGAACGGAGCAAGAAAAAGGGGUCAGUGGUCACUCUGUUUCUCAACCAGUUGUAUUUUGUGUCAAUAUUAAGUUAGGAGGGACACAGAUUUACCUAGUAAUGUUUUUCUGAAACCAUUUCCAGGAAUAACGGAACAUUAAAACAAACAAACGAACAAAAAAUAAAUGAUCAAAAGCAGAACUCCUGAUCUCAGUGUCUGUGCGUCAUGAAUGAAAAUCUCAUACUUCCAAACGUGAACAAAGACAAACACAUAACAAAAGGGGAAAAAUAAUAAACCUUUCAGUUUAGUUUAGGAUAUUUAUUACUGGGAUUUCAGCUGAAGACGCUUAAGGACUUUUUCAUGGAAUUGUUUAAUUAUUUGUACUUUACAUGCCAGAAAAAAAUAAAAGAUAUGAAUCUCA